AUCAUACCGCAGUUUAACUUCAGAAAUACAAGUGAACCUGCCGCCAAAGAAAUAAACGUGGAAGCCAACAAAUAAAUAAAUAAACCAUUCAUUUGUGCUGUUUGGAGCAAACUCGCAUUGAAUCUGUUCACUUAUAAUAACCUCAUCCUCUACUCCAGGUCCAGGAAAGUCUACGUCUAAACUUGCCCUCCAAGAAUAUUCACGUGUAAAAAUAACUGCUUCCGAAAAAAACGAGUAUUUAAUUCUGCCAAUUAGAUAUUCAAAUUCGCAUACAUAAUAAAUAAUAAAGUGCAAGCAAGUCCUCAUUUUUCAAAAAAGCAAGUCCUCAAUUAUCAAAAAAGCAAGUCCUCCAUUUUCAAAAAAAAAAAAUACCUCGGAAAAUACACGUCGAAGAUGACAGCGCUCACAGGCUCGCCGCCCCGUUGGGCGCUCAACUCUCAGCUGCUGUUGGCCAUCAGGACGCAUGACGUUGGCCGAGCAUCUCAGUUGCUGCGCGCUGGGGUCGACGUCGACACGAGAUUUGCGAUCAAUGCGAAUAAACUACCAGCGCUUUGUUUGUCUGUGGAGAACAACGACCUGGCUAUGGGUAGUUUGCAGGGCACAACCGCCCUCCAUGCCGCCGCUGCACAAGGCUCUCUUGAUCUUGUGGAGAAACUUUUAUCGUACGGAGCUGACAUCAACGUCCAGGAUAAGAACGGAGUAUCGGCCCUUCACUUGGCGUGCUCCGGGGGACACUCAGAAAUUUGUCGGACCCUAAUGGCUGCCGGAGCUCACGCCGCCAUCUUGGACUCGGUGAACAACACUCCUCUGCACUACGCAACAUCGACCUGCGGCGUAGAUUUGGAAACUGUAACUCUUCUCAUUAGGAAGUGUCCUCAAGCCCUUUGCGUUACAAAUAAAUCAGGCGAAACACCACUCAUUAUAGCCAUCAGAAGUGGUAGGCAAGAUGUCGAAGAACUACUGGAAGAGAUCUUGAAAGAUGCCAUGCAAAUGAUGCCUCAAAUUUGCCAUGAUAUGAUACUUUGUCACAGAACUGAAAGAGGUCACACGCCGCUUCAUUUGGCGGUUCUUGAGAAGUUGACGUCGUGCAUCCGAAUACUCUUAGCCGCAGGAGCUGAGGUGAACUCCAGAGACCACUUGGGCCAUACGCCAUUGGCUUCGGCUUCCCGAGAUGGUAACGUUGAAGCCGUGGCUCUACUUUUGUCGGCCGGAGCAAGCACAAGGACACUCGUAACACAGAAUUUAAUUGAUGAUGAUGUCAAAGACCCGCUAAUUGCCCAAAUGCUCGUGGAUGCCUCCAAAGAACCGUUAAAAUUGUCGGCGGCCUGCAGGAAAACUUUAUGCCGAACAUUCGGGUUGUCGGAUGAGUUAGACUCAACGCUCCCAUCUCAGUGGAAAAAAUUUCUUAGGUAUGAAACAAUUGACUUGUAGAAAAUAUUGUUAAAUUUACCUAUGAACUUUCACCGCCAUUGGUGUUCCCGAAUCCGCUUUGCAUUACUGAUGUCUCUAAAAGGGGAUUUAAUCAAUCGUUUUUUGGACUUCACCUGGACUUCAAUCAUCAUUUCCACUUUGGCUCUCGCUUGUGGCACCAGGUUUUAAUUUUGGUCCUCGUGCUUCAGUCGUUUUUGCCAACAUAAAUUUUCACGUCUGUUCACCACUCAGGGAAUAUUUUAACGCAUCAAUAUCCUUAUUUAAUACAAUGUCUAAUUUCAUAUUGUUCAUGGACUGGCAAGUCAGCACUAAUAUCACAUAAUUAAACUGAAACAGCGAGGCGACAUGCUUCUUACACUUGAGAUCCGCUGAAGAAUCUGUUAAGAGCCAAGAUUUUUCCGGUACCCUGCUGAAUUGAUUAAUUUAUUUUUGUUGUAAUUUUAUUUCACGCUUCUUAGCGAAUCAAAAUUUCAAUAUUUUUUGCUACGUUGACAGUAAGAAAUUUUGCAGGCCAAAUAAUCAUCUACGAAAUUAUUUCUAUUACCGGUAAAUUAUCUACACGAAAUUUGAGAAAUAAUUUUUCUGAUAAUACUAGAUACGUAUGCAAAGGAAAAACUAGCAUUUUAAACCUUAACUUUUACAAAAUUGCAAUUAUUAUGUCAACAUUUAAUGAUGUUGUU